UCGGCUAUUUUCUGGCCAAACAACAUGCUGAUGUUCAAAAAUGAUCAAACCACCUGAUAGAAAUCAGCUACAGACUGCAUGAUAUCACUGUGGCUGUCUGAUUUAAAAUAAUUACAUCACAUGUAAGCCCACAUGAUGCAUAAAUUAUUAAUAAGCUGCCACGUCAUACCUCUUCUUUCACAUUACCUGCUGCAACACUUUUCUCUUUGUGUUCAUCCUCGCAACUGUUCUUUCACCAAACCUUUCAGAAGACAGGAUGGUGUCACCUGCGAUCGCUCUGGCCUUCCUGCCCCUGCUGCUGACACUGAUCAUCAGGUACCGUUACUACUUUGUGUUGUUCUACCGGGCCGUGCUGGUUCGGCUGUGGAAGGACUGUGUGACUGGUCUGAGCAGGGAGGAGCGAGCAUUUCAGUACGUGCUCACACAUGCCACCCCAGGAGACCCAGACAGCAUCUUGGAGGCUUUUGACAUCUGGUGCACUAAGUUGGAGUUCAUCAGCAACAUUGGGCCUAAAAAAGGGGAGAUCCUGGACCGGCUGCUGAUGCAGCAGAGCCCCCUGACCAUUCUGGAACUGGGUACCCACUGUGGGUACAGCACCGUGCGGCUGGCCCGGGCUCUGCCUCUAGGUGCCAGGAUCUACAGUGUGGAGAUGGACCAGAGAAACGCUAUCAUCGCUGAGAAAAUCAUCCGCCUCGCAGGGUUUGAUGAGGACACGGUGGAGCUCAUUGUGAAUCCUUCUGAUGAGGUGAUUCCUCGCUUGCGGUCUGACUAUGGCAUCGACAGGCUGGAUUUUGUCUUCAUGGACCACUGGAAGAAAUGCUACCUUCCUGAUCUUCAGGUGCCAAGAAUUCAUCUCUGAGAAAA